GAAAAAGGAGGGGGUAUAUUUUCUUUUUAGAAAAAAUAAAAAAAAGAAUGUUCGCCAGUCGACCAUUUCCCAUGUUGAAGCGAGCCAUGUCAACGCUUACACGUAUUGAAACCAAGGCUGCACCUGCUGCUAUUGGUCCUUAUGGCUAUUAAAGUCAAUGGCAUGGUCUACACUUCUGGUUCGCUUCCUGUAGUUCCCGAGACAGGUGAUAUCGUGGAUGGAAUCAAAGAACAAACAAAGCAAAGUUUGUUAAAUAUGUCCAAAGUGCUCGAAGCUUCUGGCUCAAGCUUAGAUAAGGUUGUGAAGACGACUGUAUUCUUGAAGGAUAUGAAUGAAUUUGCACAAAUGAAUGAAGUGUAUUCUACUUUCUUUUCCAAGCAUCAACCUGCACGUAGUGCUGUUGAAGUUGCACGUCUUCCUAAAGAUGUAUCUGUAGAAAUUGAAUGCGUUGCAGUAGCUGAACAGUAAUAUGAACACAAUAAUAAAUGGUUUUAUUGUUCUUUAAAAGAUAGCUGUAGCUCCACCGCUCUAAA